CCGUUCCCAGCGGUGCGCGGCCCCGCUCCCGGAAGCGUGUCGUGCGGGCGGCUCCGCUCUCUGAUCGCCAUUCUAGCCCCACGGAGUGCAGCGAUCGGAGCCCUUUGCGCGUAGAGCUCAGGUAAAUCCGCGUUAUAACGAAAAUGGCUGAACACGAUCCCACCCCAGAGCAGUUAGCCGCCAUUGCUGCGGAGAACGAGGAGGCGGAGUCUGUGAACUACCGGGCCCCGGCCCAGAAGUCGCUGCAGGAGAUCCAGGAGCUGGACAAGGACGAUGAGAGCCUGCGGAAGUACAAAGAGGCCCUGCUGGGCUCCGCGCCCAAGGCUGCAGAUCCCAGUGUCGCGAAUGUGCAGGUGACUCGGCUGACCUUGGUUUGUGACGCUGCCCCCGCUCCCCUGACACUCGACCUGCAGGGUGAACUGGACACAUUGAAAAAGCAGUCCUUCGUGUUGAAGGAGGGAGUGGAGUACAAGAUAAAAAUUAACUUUAAGGUGAACAAAGAGAUUGUCUCUGGGCUCAAAUAUGUUCAGCAGACCUUCAGGAAAGGAGUAAAGAUUGACAAAUCUGACUACAUGGUGGGAAGCUAUGGGCCGCGAGAGUCCGAGUACGAGUUUCUCACUCCCAUGGAGGAGGCGCCCAAGGGCAUGCUCGCCCGCGGUACCUACAGCAUCAAAUCCAAGUUCACCGACGACGACAAGCACGACCACCUCUCUUGGGAGUGGAACCUAAACAUCAAGAAGGACUGGAAAGAUUGAGCUGCCCUCAGAAUCAUCAUCUUCCCUCUUGUUUCCAAGUCCUCCCCCCCCCCCCCCCCCCCCCCCCCCCUCCCCAAAACAUACACACUUGCUUAACUUCAGUAGCCACCAAGUUUCCUUCUCUCUCUCUCUCUCUCUCUCUCUCUCUCCCCCACCCCAUUUUAUACCUUGCUCUUAUGUGCCCCAAAGCAUCCAGUGCUUCUCAGCUGUUGUCCAUGCUACUUGAAGGAAAAAGCGUUCCUUGCCCCUGUCAACAAAAAAAAAAUGGCGUCUUCCACAGAAAACAUGGAAGCUUUUUUUUGAUCUGUGUGUGUAGGAGAAAAUCCUGGCCGACCCCCAGCCUUUGUGUGUUGGUGGGUGUUUGUUUAAGGGAUAUGAAGACGCAUGAACAGAUGGUGAUUUUCUUUAUCUUUUUUUUUACCAUUGCACUCAUUUUUACUUGACGGUUUUUCUGUCUUUCCUAAUCAUUCCCUCCCUCAACCCCCCCCCCAAUCCUUUUUUCCACAUUCCUAUUUCAUGCUGGAUGUAUUUUUUUUUCCUCUAAACCAAGAACUGCCUUCCUUAGUGUUUAAUGAUUGCGAGGGAUGUGCUGUAUUGGUUACUCUUCCUUAACAUUUAUUCUCACCUUUUCGAGGUCUGGGGAUCACAGGUGUUUUAAACAAAUUAUAUAUAUAUCAUUAUUAUAUAUAUAUAAAAUGGGGUGCAGGCUCCUUCUCUGCCUUAUACUGAGUGAUUGGAACGGGGACAGACGUGCUUGAAGUGUAAAUGUUCAUGUGCACGGGGUUCAAGAUUUUUACACAGCUGUCCGGCCAAGAUAUCGAGGUUCGAGUCGCGCUGAGGAUCGCACAUGCCUCUUUAAGGUUCAGUCUAUUCAUUUCUUUUGAAAUCUGUUAAAGGCUGGUAGCAAGAACCAACUGACAACUGAUCCCGGCUCUGUUAAAAUACAUUUCAUGCGGCGAGGGGUAACAAAGUGCACAGGCUUCACGCUGCCUUCCUCCUCUUCUGCCUCUUACUGGACCGACAUGCCGCCCUGUAAAGUGUCGUCAAGCCUCUAGGUGUCUCUUCCCACAAUUACAGCUGAACGAUAUGAUCAGCAAUGGUUUAGCGUGGUUGUCAGUACUCUGCUGUCAUGUGGCCUUAAUGGAGAUUCGAGUUGCUAAACAAUGAGAGAGAUUGCAUGUAAUGAGAUUACCUUUGCCUUAGCACUGCACCUCAUUACCCACAUGGUGGGCUCUCAGUCCCUUAGGGUAAAAGGGCAAAAUGUGGAAGAUCUGGCAAGAUGACCAUCUGCUGCUGACAACCAUGAUGGUGAUUGCCUCGAUCUGUUAUAGCAGUCUGUCCCAACCCCACCCUCGGGGACCCCUAGCUGGUCCACAUUUUUGCUCCCUACUGGUUUCGGAAACACUGCAUUAUAGAAACCGGUGAAAGAGAAUCCAUACUUUAAAGAUGUGGGCUGAAGACCUUUUGCCCUCUGCGCAUGAGAAGUGGCCGUUCUAAGUUUUAAAACUGACUUUUGCACAGCCUGGAAGGUGUGUGUUUAAUGACUGACUGGUAGUUGAGUGUGCAAGCUUUCUGAAUUGCCAGAACUGCUAUAGAAAGGGCUAAUGGUGAUGACCAGACUUGUUUGGCGUAAUUAUGCUACCUCAGCAUGUAUUAAUGAAAGUAGAGGCUGUAUUUAGCGGGUUGCAUGUAUCUCACACACCCAGAAAUGCAGAUAGAAAUGCUUAUCGUUUGUGAUCCUUUUUAUCAUUGUUUUUGUCCAACCUGCAGUGAGGCUUCUGGUCUGAAGCUUUCAUCUUUUCGAGUGCUCUGAGAUGCUGUAUGCUGACGCCUUUUAUUGUAGGUUGGAGGCUUACUUUGUUAAUAUCACCUAUACAAAAGCUGCACUCUAAAUGUCCUGGGAUGGACGAGUUGGUUAACCAAAGGUGCUUUAUUUUGAGUACUGAUUCUGUGGAGUAUUUAGGUGUCAGUGAAACCCUCCUGCGCCUUUCAUCCCCAAAAUGUCGAAGUUUUUCCUCUUGGAUCCACACUAGGACUAGUGAUUGUGACCGGCUUUCAGGGACUAGACAUCGUGGCUUGUAGCUGUGUAAUUUUCUAUAACCCCAUUUUUAUACUCCAUUUACCUUACGUUUGAUGAUACGAUUGUAUUUUGUGUGCUACUUCUGUGACGCCUCGAUUAUUCAGAUUGUGUCAUUCUGGACCAGCUGUUCAUCAGUCACCAUUAAAGUGUUCAGAUUCAA